AUGCGACCGUUCAUCUCAACGGCUUGGAAUACGUGCAACACAUCGCUUCGUCUGAAAAACGCCGUUCGACCUACAUUUUCCCAUCUCCAAUCCCAGCUUCAAAACCAAAGACUCGCAAACAUGUCGACCGGCGGCCCUCCAAACGCCUCGCCCAACGGCCCGCUAAAUAUUGAAACCACACACGUCCAAACCGCGCCCUCAAUCACCCUCUCAGCGCACCAAAACACCCUCAUCAGCUCCAUCCUCGACCUCUUCGCCGGCCGCCCCUCGCUCCCCAAACUAGCCCUCUGGCGCGACGACGCCACCUUCACCGACAACAUCACCAUUGCCACGGGCCGGGACAAGUACGCGGCGCAGUGGUAUGGGCUGCAGAGUGCGUUUAGCGAGAUUGAGCGGCUGCACCACGAGGUCAAGGAUGCGGGGAAUCCGAUGCUGAUGGACAUGAAGACGCGGUAUGUGAUCAAGGGGAUUGGGAAGGAGCAGGUUAUUGAGAGUGUGGUGGCUGUUUAUACGGACGAGGAGGGGAAGAUUAGUCGGGUGGAGGAUCGGUGGAAUGGGAAGUUGCCCGAGGGGCCCAUUGUGAAUGCUUUUAGACACUUGAACGCGGUGAUAGUACCGAAAGUCGUGAGCGUGCCCAAGAAUGCAGAGGAGGAUGCCAAGAAAGGUACCUAG